UCGCUCGCUCCUUUGUGGACUCAAAAAAUGGGAAGAUUAGACACUCUGAGAGAAUUUAAUUUAUUGUCAUGGAUGAGAGAGGAAAGACAAUCGAGGAAGUUGACCCUGGUCAUCGUUUUCAUCGCCUUGCUGCUGGAUAAUAUGCUUCUAACGGUGGUCGUCCCCAUCAUCCCCAGCUACCUAUACACAGUUGAUGAUGCAGCAGCCAACAUGGCCAAGAAUCACACCACGGCCUCCCCACACACCCCUUCUGGAACCUUCCAGACCAUCGUGUCCCUCUAUGACAACUCUGUCAGGGUAACCAGCGGAGGCCCAAUGGACUCCACACCCAUACCCUUGGAUCAGGUGCAGGCGGUCUCUCUUUCCACCUCGGCUCUCACACCCCACAAUUCCACAGAGCCUGACUGCCCCAAAGCAGAUGACCAGCUUCUCAAUGAGAAUGUGAAAGUGGGACUACUUUUUGCCUCCAAGGCCACCGUACAGCUCAUCACCAACCCCUUUAUUGGGCCUCUCACCAACAGAAUAGGAUACCAGAUCCCCAUGUUUGCCGGGUUCUGUAUUAUGUUCCUGUCAACCAUUAUGUUCGCCUUCUCAUCGAGCUACACUCUGCUGUUUCUGGCCAGAUCCCUGCAGGGUGUGGGCUCCUCCUGCUCCUCCGUGGCUGGGAUGGGGAUGCUUGCCAGUGUGUACACAGAUGAUGAGGAGAGGGGAAAUGCCAUUGGGAUAGCACUGGGUGGUCUGGCCAUGGGCGUGCUGGUGGGCCCACCAUUCGGCAGCGUCAUGUAUGAGUUUGUGGGGAAAACGGCGCCUUUCCUCAUUCUGGCUGUUCUGGCUGUGCUGGAUGGAGCACUGCAACUGUUCAUUCUCCAGCCCUCAAAGGUGGAACCAGAGAGCCAGAAAGGGUCCUCACUUUGGAGCCUUAUUAAAGAUCCAUACAUACUCAUUGCUGCAGGAUCCAUUUGUUUUGCAAACAUGGCCAUUGCAAUGUUAGAACCAGCGUUGCCUAUUUGGAUGAUGGAGACCAUGUGUCCAAGAAAAUGGCAGCUAGGCGUUGCCUUUGUGCCAGCCAGCAUCUCCUACCUGAUUGGAACGAACAUCUUUGGCGUCCUCGCGCAUAAGAUGGGGAGAUGGCUGUGCUCUCUCAUCGGGAUGGUCCUCGUGGGGGUUAGCAUCCUCUGUGUCCCUUUCGCUAAGGACAUCUAUGGACUGAUACUUCCGAAUUUUGGUGUUGGUUUUGCAAUUGGCAUGGUGGAUUCCUCUAUGAUGCCAAUCAUGGGAUAUUUGGUGGACCUGAGACAUGUGUCAGUCUAUGGCACUGUGUACGCCAUUGCUGAUGUGGCUUUCUGUAUGGGCUUUGCUUUAGGUCCGUCCGCUGGAGGCGCCAUAGCGAAGAACAUUGGGUUCCCCUGGCUCAUGACCAUUAUCGGCAUCGUGGACAUCCUCUUCGCUCCCCUCUGCUACUUCCUCAGGAGUCCUCCUGGAAGGGAAGAGAAAAUGGCCAUCUUGAUGGACUCUAACUGCUCGAUGAAGACCCGAUCAUACUCAACACAGGGGAACACAGAGUACGAAGAGAUGGAGACAGAGUACGAUGAGUAUUAAUGGACACCAGACAUGUAUGUUACCUUCCAGAGGAUCUAUUUUGUUGUACAAAAACAGAGAUACAAUGAUUAUUAUUUUUUAACAGCAAAGCUGUUUCGUUGUGAGUGUCCGUCUUCACUGUUCUGUGUCAUUGUUAUUGUACGACUAGAGCAAACCAAAGUUGUUGUCAUUGCCCUGUGUUUAUUUUGAGCCAACAGCCUUAUCCAAUGGAAGUGGGGCCGUGUCAAAACAGGGUUUUCAUGGGCCGUAAUAGCAGACUGCUGUGAGUCAUAUUUACUGAAUAGUUCAGAUGAGGGUGGUAUUAUACAGUCAUGGCCAAAAGUUUUGAGAAUGACACAAAUAUUAAUUUUCACAAAGUCUGCUGUCUCAGUUUGUAUGAUGCCAAUUUGCAUAUACUCCAGAAUGUUAUGAAGAGUGACCAGAUGAAUUGCAAAGUCCCUCUUUGCCAUUCAAAUGAGCUGAAUCCCCCAAAAACAUUUCCACUGCAUUUCAGCCCUGCCACAAAAGGACCAGCUGACAUCAUGUCAGUGAUGGCUGGAGAUCAUUCUGUCAUGCUGAUUGAGUUUGAAUAACAGACUGGAAGCUUCAAAAGGAGGGUGGUGCUUGGAAUCAUUGUUCUUCCUCUGUCAAACAUGGUUACCUGCAAGGAAACACGUGCCGUCAUCAUUGCUGUACACAAAAAGGGCUUAACAGGCAAGGAUAUUGCUGCCAGUAAGAUUGCACCUAAAUCAACCAUUUAUCGGAUCAUCAAGAACUUCAAGCAGAGUGGUUCAAUUGUUGUGAAGAAGGCUUCAGGGUGCCAAAGAAAGUCCAGCAAGCACCGUCUCCUAAAGUUGAUUUAGCUGCGGGAUCGGGGCACCACCAGUACAGAGCAUGCCCAGGAAUGGCAGCAGACAGGUAUGAGUGCAUCGGCAUGCACAGUGAGGCAAAGACUUUUGAAGGAAGGCCUGGUGUCAAGAAGGGCAGCAAAGAAGCCAAUUCUCUCCAGGAAAAACAUCAGGGACAGACUGAUAUUCUGCAAAAGGUACAGGGAUUGGACUGCUGAGGGCUGGGGUAAAGUCAUUUUCUUUGAUGAAUCCCCUUUCCGAUUGUUUGAGGCAUCCGGAGAAAAGCUUGUCCGGAGAAGACAAGGUGAGCGCUACCAUCAGUCCUGUGUCAUGCCAACAGUAAAGCAUCCUGAGACCAUCCAUGUGUGCGGUUGCUUCUUAGCCAAGGGAGUGGGCUCCCUCACAAUUUUGCCUAAGAACACAGCCAUGAAUAAAGAAUGGUACCAACACAUCCUCUGAGAGCAACUUCUCCCAACCAUCCAGGAACAGUUUGGUGACGAACAAUGACUUUUCCAGCAUGAUGGAGCACCUUGCCAUAAGGCAAAAGUGAUAACUAAGUGGCUCGGGGAACAAAACAUCGAUAUUUUGGGUCCAUGGCCAGGAAACUCUCCAGACCUUAAUCCCAUUGAGAACUUGUGGUCAAUCCUCAAGAGGCGGGUGGACAAACAAAAUCCCACGAAUUCUGACAAACUUCAAGCAUUGAUUAUGCAAGAAUGGGCUGCCAUCAGUCAGCAUGUGGCCCAGAAGUAAAUUGACAGCAUGCCAGGGCAGAUUGCAGAGGUCUUGAAGAAGAAGGGUCAACACUGUAAAUAUUGACUCUUUGCAUCAACUUCAUAUAAUUGUUAAUAAAAGCAUUUGACACUUAUGAAAUGCUUGUAAUUAUACUUCAUUGUUCCAUUGUAACAUCUGACAAAAAUAUUUAAAGACACUGAAGCAGCAAACUUUGUGGAAAUUAAUAUUUGUGUCAUUCUCAAAAAUAUUGGCCACGACUGUAGAUCACCAAAUUCUGUGCUGUAGAUCGGCUAGGAGUACAAACCUAUCCUAAUAAUUCACAUAUUGGCCAUUAACAGUAUGAACAAAACUAAUGUACUGAGAGAGUUACUUCUGUUUGUGUAGAAACUGACUUAGGGUCAGAUUCAACAUCUCGAACAAGGCACUAUGAGAACACUGCUUAGUGUUGGUCAUUCUAUUGGUUGAGAAUAAUUGGUAAAUUAUUUAGAUAUGUAGUAUAACAUAGCCUAUUACAGAGAUACAAGUUACUCAAUACAUUUGGAAUGAGAAUUUUCUUACUGCUAUAACAAGGCAAACCACAUUGGCCCAUGCAAUGGGCCUUUUUCAUUGAUUCCACAAACAUUUUUUUUUAUACAUUGAGAUUGAUUUUUAAAUUGAGGAAAUACCUGAAAUGAAAGGACAAUACACCAGAAGCUGUUAUAGCCAAUGCUGUCCUGGGUUGACUGCUUAUGACUGUGCUUGUGACUAUUUGCAUGGUAUACCACAUUAAAAAAACACCAUCACUCCAAUGCCUUUCCUCAGUUUCACUGUCCACAUCAAAACUAAAAACAAGUUAAUAAAGCACAUAGGACACAUGUUUAGCUGUUUUUUUUAAGUGUACAUACCUUUUGGUAAGCCACUUGAAUGUGUGGAAAACGAAGACUCAUGUCUUUUUUUCCACCUUUAUUUAACCAGGUAGGCGAGUUGAGAACAAGUUCUCAUUUGCAACUGCGACCUGGCCAAGAUAAAGCAUAGCAAUUCGACACAUACAACAACACAGAGUUACACAUGGAAUAAACAAAACAUACAGUCAAUAAUACAGUAGAACAAAACAAAACAAAAAAGUCUAUAUACAGUGAGUGCAAAUGAGGUAAGUUAAGGAAAUAAAUAGGCCAUGGUGGUGAAGUAAUUACAAUAUAGCAAUUAAACACUGGAAUGGUAGAUUGGCAGAAGAUGAAUGUGCAUGUAGAGAUACCGGGGUGCAAAGGAGCAAAAUAAAUAAAUAAAUAAAUAAAUAAAUACCAGUAUGGGGAUGAGGUAGGUAGAUAGAUGGGCUGUUUACAGAUGGGCUAUGUACAGAUGCAGUGAUCUGUAAGCUGCUCUGACAGCUGGUGCUUAAAGCUAGUGAGGGAGAUGUGAGACUCCAGCUUCAGAGAUUUUUGCAAUUCGUUCCAGUCAUGGGCAGCAGAGAACUGGAAGGAAAGAUGACCAAAGGAGGAAUUGGCUUUGGGGGUGACCAGUGAGAUAUAUCUGCUGGAGCGCGUGCUACGAGUGGGUGCUGCUAUGGUGACCAGUGAGCUGAGAUAAGGCGGGGCUGUGGAUUUGGCGACGAGUAUGAUGCGAGGGCCAACCAACGAGAGUGUACAGGUCGCAAUGGUGGGUAGUGUAUGGGGCUUUGGUGACAAAACAGAUGGCACUGUGAUAGACUGCAUCCAGAUUGUUGAGUAGAGUGUUGGAGGCUAUUUUAUAGAUGACAUCACCGAAGUCGAGGAUCGGUAGGAUGGUCAGUUUUACGAGGGUGUGUUUGGCAGCAUGAGUGAAGGAUGCUUUGUUGCGAUAUAGGAAGCCGAUUCUAGAGUUAAUUUUGGAUUGGAGAUGCUUAAUGGGAGUCUGGAAGGAGAGUUUACAGUCUAACCAGACACCCAGGUAUUUGUAGUUGUCCACAUAUUCUAAGUCAGAGCCGUCCAGAGUAGUGAUGCUGGACGGGCGGGCAGGUGCGGGCAGUGAUCGAUUGAAUGGCAUGCGUUUAGUUUUAUUUGCGUUUAAGAGCAGAUGGAGGCCACGGAAGGAGAGUUGUAUGGCAUUGAAGCUCGUCUGGAAGUUAGUUAACACAGUGUCCAAGGGGGGGCCAGAAGUAUACAGAAUGGUGUCGUCUGCGUAGAGGUGGAUCAGAGAAUCACCAGCAGCAAGAACAACAUCAUUGAUGUAUACAGAAAAGAGAGUCGGCCUGAGAAAUGAACCCGUUGGCACACCCAUAGAGACUGUCAGAGGACCGGACAACAGUCCUUCCUAUUUGACACACUGAAAUCUAUCAGAGAAGUAGUUGGUAAACCAGGCGAGGCAAUCAUUUGAGAAACCAACGCUGUCGAGUCUGCCAAUAAGAAUGUUGUGAUUGACAGAGUCGAAAACCUUGGCCAGGUCGAUGAAUACGGCUGCACAGUAAUGUCUCUUAUCGAUGGCGGUUAUGAUGUCGUUUAGAACCUUGAGCGUGGCUGAGGUGUACCCAUGACCAGCUCUGAAACCAGAUUGCAUAGCGGAGGAGGUAUGGUGGGAUUCGAAAUGAUCAGUAAUCUGUUUGUUAACUUGGCUUUCGAAGACCUUAGAAAGACAGGGUAGGAUAGAUAUAGGUCUUUAGCAGUUUGGGUCUAGAGUGUCACCCCCUUUGAAGAGGGGGAUGACCAGGGCAGCUUUCCGAUCUUUGGGAAUCUCAGACGAUACGAAAGAGAGGUUGAAUAGGCUAGUAAUAGGGAUCUGAAGACUCAAUGUUUAGGGAGAAGAUAAUUAACUUUCCCUAUUGACAUUACAAGCCAUACAAAUAUAUAUUGUGUUGAAAAGUAAACGUACGGAUUCAGGUUUACUUUGACGUCUCUGAAUAAACAGCACCUUGAGGAGAUGGUAAAGCACUUUAUCAGAGUCUAGUUACUCACACCAUUUAACUCCAAGGACAGUUCUAGUAUGUUGAUGUUGGUUUAGCAGAGCUUGAUAUGUUUUGUAAUUUUGUCUAAUGUUAGCAACAAAACACUCAAAGUUUUAUCAAAGAUGAAUUCACUUAUUAUUGUGUGUGCAGUGCACUGAACAUCCCAGAAGUGUUAAUCCCUAACACUACUCCCAAGUGGUACAGCAGUUUAAGGCACUGCAUCUCACUGUUAGAGGUGUCCCUGGUUUGAAUCCAGGCUGUAUCACAACCGACCGUGAUUUGGAGUCCCAAAGAGCGGCGCACAAUUGGCCCAGGUUUGGCCGAUGGAGGCCGUCAUUGUAAAUAAGAGUUUGUUCUUAUUUUUUUUCACCUUUAUUUAACCAGGUAGGCAAGUUGAGAACAAGUUAUUCUUAACUGACUUGCCUAGUUAAAUAAAUAAAAUAGAACCGCAAUGUCUUUUCAAGCACUGAGGUUGAAUUUCUGGUCUCAAUCUUGACAAGUUGGAAUCUUUAAACUAACCUGUGAAGAGCAUUAAUAUUAUUUGUGAACACUUCCAGUAGGUCAUCAAAAAGUAUACACACAAUAUAUACAGAUCAAUAUGCAUUGUUUCCAAGAUCCAAGAUUAUAUUGACCAGCAGCAAUGUGCAUGCACAUACAUACAGUAGCAACUUCAGUCUGAGGAUUUGAUUGGCUGACUGGGCCCUGGCCUGCACAUGUCAUUAGAGACUUUUGUGUGCAGUCAGUCACCAGUAUUAAUCCACAACACAGAGCCAUGAAGUGUCCCCCCCCCCCCUCUCCUAUUUGUCCUGAAGCUGAAAAUAUUGACUCAUCCACUGCUCUUUGUCAAGACCACUGUGAUCUAACAGAAACAGCCAGGCCUACAAAGCACUGCUAAUAACUGUCAAAUAUCUCUGUGCUGUUUGGCAAAGUGCAUUUAUUACAAACCAUUAUGUGGUUGUUCGAGCAAACCUGACAUGUGGAAAUCUGUGAAAAUACUUUUAUGCCCUUGCCACGGAAAAACACAAUGGCACAUGUUAAAAAUGUCAAAUAAGACUGCAUUUUUAGGUAUAUGAACUGCUAUUUGCAAAACUCUGGGUUUGCUGGAUUGAAGGUUUGGUUGAAUGGACACCCCAAUGGGUUUUAUUGUAAAUAAAUGAUGCAAGCAAAAUAGUCUGUGAUGGAGUUGACAGAGAAAGUUUCCUGAUACCUUCACUAUUAGUUUCAUUAUUUGCUCUUAAAUGUAUAUUAACAUUUUAAAUUGAAAUACUCAUGUCGAGAUGGCUA